CAUAUGUCAAAACAUUGUAUUAUUUAUUUAACAUGGCUUCGAAAAGAGUAAGAGUUUCAAGAAAUAUAAAGUUGUCUAGAGCAAAAGAUUAUAAUGAAUUAAAUCUCAGCGAUGUGCUGUGUCCGAUAUGUAGGAGUAUAAUUAUUGAACCAGUGUCACUACCAUGUAGUCACGACUUUUGCUUAUCAUGUUUUGAAGGAACUAUGGAAAAUGCAAACUUGGUUUGUCCAUUGUGCAGGCUAAGGAUAGCAUCUUGGAUGAGAAGAGUGAAGAAGGAAUCUAAAUUAGUUAACGAAGAGUUCUGGGAAGCUAUCCAGAAGAAUUUUCCAGAACAGAUAGAAAGAAAACGUAUAGGUGUAGAUGAUAAUUUAGAAGAAAAACCCGAAAUCAGAGUUUCCCACCCUGGUGAAAUAAGGAAAGAGUAUGAACUCCAGAAACAAAAAGAGGAUGAAGAACUCAGGAAACUACAGGAAGCGGAACUGAAGGCAAGCGAGGAAUUGAUAAAGAAACUGAAAGAUGAGGAAGAUUAUCAGCAGGCUGUGAUAGAGGAAAAAUUGAAGAUGGACGAGCAGGUCGCUAAAAAGUUAGCAUCUGAGAUGAGUUUGAGCACUUCUUUCUCUAAAUCAAAAAUAUUUUGUAAAAAAUCUGGACCAAUGGACAAGUUUAUUAAAAAAGAUAAUGAAACGAUCACGUCUGAAAAUGAAGGGCCAGAUAGAAAAUCCACCUACAAUAAUUAUGAUACUAAAGAAUAUACGUGCAGAGUUUUACGAUUAGAUACUGUUGAUAAGAAUAAAGAUCGCACCCAAAUUUUUUCACCGAUAAUAAAGAAAAAAAUUCAGCAAAUCCAGAAAAUUGUUGAUGCAGGUACUGCAAGUGACAGCAGUGAUUGUAUAGAAUCUGAAAAGCUUGUUAGAAAUGCGGAAAUAAAAAUCAUCAUAGCAAAAAGACAUUUAUUCGGAAGAAAAACUGUGAAUAAUGUGAAGAAUGAGGACAGCCCCCCCUUUUAUGGGUUUGAAAGAGAUUGUGAGGUGAAAAAAUUAGAAGUUACCAAUAAUAUAAGGAAAAACGGAACAGUUCACGAAAUGGAAGACAGUGCCACGAGAAAGUUGUUACAGGAAAAAGCAGACUUGGAGUUUGCUAAAAAGUUGCAAGAGGAAUUGAAUAGGGGUGUGCACAAUACAAGGAGUAGUCGUAAUGUGGGUAGAUCGAAAAGGCAGACUACUCUCGAUGAAAUGAUCAAAAGUCCAUAUAGGGUUAAGUAA